AGCAUAUUCAUUUUUCUACGUUAGAUGAAGAUGAAGAUAAACUGGCAGAUCGUGAAAUUAGACGGCUCGGAGUGUACAUAAAAAUACAAAUGGAUAUGUACAUGAAAAUACUUAUUGUAUUCUGCCUCUUAACGACUUCUGUUGCUGAUUGGGACUACUGGGACCAUGACCCAAGGCCGAUUGUUCAUUGCCCUAAUACACAUGUCACGGCGACUGAAGGUGAAACAGCCAUUCUGCCAUGUUAUGUACAACGCCUCGGUAAAUAUAAGGUUGCAUGGUUACAACAAGGUUCACGUUUGAUAACUGUGGGUAGAAAACGUAUUACAGAUGAUCCCCGUUUUGAACUAAAACAACCACACAAAACGGAAUGGAACUUACACAUCCAGAAUGUAACUUACAGCGAUCAGGGACAGUAUAUACUUCGGGUUAACACCAACCCAUUCACUUCACAAACCAUGAACCUUACAGUUACGGUUCCCGCCAAAAUCAGAACAGAUUCUAGCAAUGUUACAAUUUUGAGGGAAGGAGAUACACUGGUUCUUACAUGCAAUGCGACUGGUAUUCCUAAACCAUUUGUCAUGUGGUCCAAGUUUAAUUCAUACUUCAAUACUUCCGGAGAGGUGUUGAUUGUUGAAAAUGUGACAAGGUCAUACAGUGGGACAUAUGGAUGUGCAGCAGAAAACGGAGUUACAGCAAGAAAACAAUUCAAAGUGACCGUCGAGUUCGCACCGGAAGUUACGCUUUUGGCGAAACAAAUGCAUCAGGUAAUUGGGAGAGAAAUUUUCUUAGAAUGCAAAAGUGUGGCCAAUCCGCGAGCAGACAUGUAUUGGCUGAAGGAUAAGGGCACCUUAGAACACCUUGACAAGAAGAAAUAUCAGGUUGAUACGCUGACUGGUAAUCCAGACGGAACGACCACAACCUUAAGUUUAAGACUUCCUAAUCUUCAGGAAGAUCAGCUCGGGGAAUAUACAUGCGUUGCCAAGAAUUCCAUUUGUAAAACAUCUGAUACUGUGGUUGUACAUGAGUUUUCAGGUAUUGGUACAUCAACAAUGGAAACAAAACAUAUAGAGACUAACCUUUCUGAUACAGUCAACACGAGCAUCCCAGUCAACGAAUCUACAGAAGCACCAGCAGUAACAGUUCUGGCGAAAGGAAUCGGUCAGUCUAGAGGACGAGAAACGAUUUUGGAUUGCAAAAUAGUCGCAAACCCGCGCGCAGACAUGUAUUGGCUGAAGGACAACGCUACACUAGAAUUCUUCGACAAGAAAAAGUAUCAGGUAGAAGAGUAUGCAGCUUGGGCAGACAGAAAUUACACAACACUAAGUUUAAGACUACCUAACCUACAGAAAGAUCAGCUUGGGGAAUAUACUUGCGUCGCUAAUAAUACACUUGGAAAGGAUUUUGAUACUGUUGUCCUAUAUGAUUAUUCAGGAAAAGUUCCAGGCCAUGGCACCUGCUCUAGUUCUAAAGGGACGAAAGACGAAGUUUCAAGUGGGAAAACCUUUAGAUCGGACGCUUUAUUUGUCAUGGCAUUUUACUGGAUGAUUAGAUUUUCUAGCAUAGACAAAUUUACCUUAAGACAUGUUUUUGGUGAUACAGGUCUUUGAAUACAAUAGUUGUUAAAACUCCGUAAACGCUUUAAAACACUGCAGCGACAAAUUACAGCCUUGGUUUGUUAGACCGUUAAUCAUUACCUUGACUUUGCUACCUGUCGUCUGAAUGCGUGGAACCCUUUGUACCUCGAAUUUAUAGAUUAUGACAAAUUUAUCAUCGUGCUCAAGCUUAUCAUA